CACCUCAGUUUUCCGUGUCGCGUUCUAGAACGGCGGUUGUCGAAGGGAGCGGAGGGAGGCGGGCUGCGGAGCUCGGCUGACGCUCCUUGGGGGAGCCGGCGGCCGGGGCGCAGCGGCAGGUUCCCCCCACUGCUUGCUGCGGUAGCGACCGGGGUUUGGGAAAACCGCCGGGAGAGGGCUCUCCCGCCGCCGCGGCUUCGGCGGAGGCCAGGCGCGAGGAGUCGCGGCUGUCGCUUCUUGCUCGCGGGCCGCGCUGACGGGACUGUCCGGGGAACGCCGCGGGCGGAUGGAGGCGCCUCUUCGCCCCGCCUGAGCUCAGAAGGCGCAGGAGCGGAGCGCGGGGCCCGCCUCCCGCCGCAAGUGCGGCCGCGCGAUCAACCGGAGGAGGAGCAGGGGGCGCUGGGCUUCUCCCCGCGGGAGCCCCCAGCAUGGUUGACUAUAUUGUGGAGUAUGACUAUGAUGCUGUGCAUGAUGAUGAAUUAACUAUUCGAGUUGGUGAAAUCAUCAGGAAUGUGAAAAAACUGCAAGAGGAAGGAUGGCUAGAAGGAGAAUUAAAUGGGAGAAGAGGAAUGUUUCCUGAUAAUUUUGUUAAGGAAAUUAAGAGAGAGACAGAAUCUAAGGAUGACAGUUUGCCCAUUAAACGGGAAAGACAUGGGAAUGUGGCAAGUCUUGUACAACGAAUUAGCACCUAUGGACUUCCAGCUGGAGGAAUUCAACCACAUCCACAAACCAAAAACAUGAAGAAGAAGACCAAGAAGCGUCAGUGUAAAGUUCUCUUUGAGUACAUUCCACAAAAUGAGGAUGAACUGGAGCUGAAAGUGGGGGAUAUUAUUGAUAUUAGUGAAGAGGUAGAAGAAGGCUGGUGGAGUGGAACCCUGAACAACAAGUUGGGACUGUUUCCCUCAAAUUUUGUGAAAGAAUUAGAGGUAACAGAUGAUGGUGAAACUCAUGAAGCCCAGGAGGAUUCAGAAACUGUUUUGACUGGGACUACCUCACCUUUACUGUCUCCUGGGAAUGGGAAUGAAACUGCUCCUGGAUCAGUUACACAGCCAAAGAAAAUUCGAGGAAUUGGAUUUGGAGAUAUUUUUAAAGAAGGCUCUGUGAAACUUAGGACAAGAACAUCUGGUAGUGAACUAGAAGAGAAGAAAACAGAAAAGCCAUUAGUUAUACAGUCAGUAGGAUCCAAAGCACAGAGUGUGGACAUAACAAAAACAGACAUGGAAAGUAAAACUAAAGCAAAGGAAUAUUGUAGAACAUUAUUUGCUUAUGAAGGUACUAAUGAAGAUGAGCUCUCUUUUAAAGAGGGAGAGAUAAUCUACUUAAUAAGUAAGGAGACUGGAGAAGCUGGCUGGUGGAAGGGUGAACUUAAUGGUAAAGAAGGAGUAUUUCCAGAUAAUUUUGCUAUUCAGAUAAACGAACUGGAUAAAGACUUUCCAAAACCAAAGAAACCACCACCACCUGCUAAAGGUCCAGCUCCAAAGCCCGAGUUAAUAACUACAGACAAGAAGUAUUUUCCUGUAAAGCCAGAAGAAAAAGAUGAAAAAUCAAUACUGGAACAGAAACCUUCUAAACCAGCCGCUCCUCAAGUCCCACCAAAGAAGCCUACUCCACCCACCAAAGCCAAUAAUUUAUUGAGAUCUCCUGGAACAAUAUACCCAAAGCGACCUGAAAAACCAGUCCCUCCGCCACCUCCUAUAGCCAAGAUUAAUGGGGAAGUUUCUACCAAUUCAUCAAAAUUUGAAACUGAGCCGGUAUCAAAACCAAAGCUAGAUUCUGAACAGUUACCACUUAGACCGAAAUCAGUAGACCUAGAUUCAUUUACAGUUAGGAGCUCUAAAGAAACAGAUCUUGUAAAUUUUGAUGACAUAGCUUCCUCAGAAAACUUGCUACAUCUCACUGCAAAUAGACCGAAGAUGCCUGGAAGAAGAUUGCCUGGCCGCUUCAAUGGUGGACAUUCUCCAACUCAAAGCCCAGAAAAAAUCUUGAAGUUACCAAAAGAAGAAGAUGGUGCCAACUUAAAGCCGUCUGAAUUUAAAAAGGAUUCAUGCUACUCUCCAAAGCCAUCUCUGUACCUUUCAACACCCUCAAGUGCUAAACCAAAUACAGCUGCUUUUUUAACUCCAUUAGACAUCAAAGCUAAAGUAGAAUCAGAUGAUGGGAAAAAAAAUCCCUUGGAUGAACUUAGAGCUCAGAUUAUUGAAUUACUCUGCAUUGUAGAAGCGCUGAAAAAGGAUCAUGGGAAAGAACUGGAAAAACUACGAAAGGAUUUGGAAGAGGAGAAGGCAAUGAGAAGUAAUCUAGAGGUGGAAAUAGAGAAGCUGAAAAAAGCAGUCCUGUCUUCUUGAAAUGGCAUGGCCCUGUGUUCUUAAGGUUCCAGGGAUUCAGAAGCAACACUAUGAACUUCAACUGACUUGUUACUUAAAAAUAACAAAUGCUGUUGUCAUGAUAAAGAAAUAUGAGUAUUUGAACUAUAAUCUAUAAAAAAGUAGGGAGAGGGUAGUUUUUUUUAUAUAUAUUUUGUUUUGCCAAUAUGAAAAAAAAAAAGAGGCCUUAUUUCUUAAGUGCUGGAAUUGCAAACUUUUUUUUUUAGUUUGCUUGAAAAUACUACUGAAUCUGUAUAAAAAGGAAAGAAAGUUCACAAUAGUUUUUUUUUUUUUACUGAAACUUGUAUUAUUUUUAAAGAGAUCUAUACUAUAAAUAUGGUGAUAUCUUUACAAAUAAUCUGUAAAAUAUACUAUUUGAGAGGGACAAAUUAGCUUUAUAGUAACUAUAGCCACUACUUUGCCCAUAAUACAUAAGGGAGAUAAACUUUGUAUAUAAAUAUAUUUUUUACUUUUAGCUUCUUACCCAGGAUUACACUGUUGUGCCUGUUUGUUUGCAGUGCUGUUUAUACUGUGGGUGAUGAAAUAGGAGUUUCCUAGCUAUAAACCAGAUUAUUCACCCAAGCAUAUAGUAAUAACUAAUGAAACAAUCAAAAUAACUUUUAGAAUAUUUUAUAUUGCUUGCACUGUAGAGUUCAUAAAAGGAAUUUAGUUAAAAUGUAUUGGAUUGUUAACUGUAUUUGGGGAAAAUAUGAGCUAUAUUUUAAAUCCAUUAGGUUGAGGAACUAAAAAUGUCAAUUUAACCCUUAACUUGUGCCUAGAAACUACAGCACAUACAAUAUGCAAACACCAGCCUUAUUGCUCUAUUUUUCUGCUUAUUUUACAGGCUCAGAUAUUACUCAUUUUGUGAUUUUGUGAUUGAGUUCUUCAUGUUCCUUCCUCUGAUUUUUAAUAAUGGUAAAAUGAGGAGAAAUUCAGUGUGAGGUUUCAUACUUUGACAGAUUAUCAUUAUGUAAAUACUCAGGUUUUACAAUAUGUAAUUGACCUAAAAGACCCUAACUGGUGGAGAUGUUUCAAACUGUCAUUUAGGUACUAGAGUGUUAGUAUAUCAUAAAACAUAACAGUACAGCUUACUUAAAACCAAAUAUAAUUGACCAUAUUCAAAAUGCAUUUUCACAGGAUAGAUGAACUAGUAGUUUGUUCAGAGUCCGUUUUGAACAGUUGAAUGUCUUAAAAUGUAUCUAUAGAUAACAUGUCUUAAAAUAUGUGGGUUUAUAUUAAAAAUAGAAGAACUGAAUUUUCAUUUGUAAAAAAAAUUAGAUUUUAAGCUUUAUUAGAACAGACUUUCAGAUUUUGAGUACCACCUAUCAUGUGUCCGUUUUGUGUUAUUUUAAAUAACCAAACCAAUAUUUUUUCUUUAAUAUAUACUGAAAUCUUGUUUUAAUGAAAUUUUGCCAUCUUGUCUCACAUAUAAGAGAAUUGAAGUAAAAAAUAAUAGAAAUUCCAGGAAUUACUUAAUGUUAAAUUCACAACUUACAUUAAUGCUUUUGGGGAAACUAGAUUGUUGUGCAUUGAGUAUGUACAUUUUAACUCUUUAAAGCCCUUGGGCUUUUCUGAUGAGGUCACUACUGAAUGAAAUUGUUUACUCCUAAUGUUUUUAAAAGACUUGUCGAAUGAGUUCCUUCUUGCUUAAAAAAAAAAAAAAAAAAAAAAUAUUAGAUUUUAUUUUCUUUUAAUGAAAGUCCUUAGAUAAAAAUGAAAACAUUGUAUCCUUGAAAUCAUUCUCCAGCUUUCUGACUGGAACAACUAUUAAGUGACCCCUCUUCACCCUGAUAAUGGGGUGAGGGAAGUUUCCAGCAGAUUUCAGACUGUUCUUGAAGUUUUUCUUGGUCAUUUUCUCAUUAGUGCAUAAAAUGAAGGUGGUCAUGAAUGCUGACACACAUUUAAAGUAUCUGCUUUGUAUACACCUCAGCCAGAAUAGAAAUUAAAGUACUGUGUUUCUAUUAGAAAAUUAAAGUAUUGUGGCUCUAUUUUUCUGCCCUUGAUCAAAAAGUAGAGUUCCUAAAGCCAAACUCAAAGGGAAAAAAAAAUGAUUACUUCAUUCUAGCAAUUUACCAGUAUUUGCUCUUGAUAUGGGAAUUUUAUUUUUAUUCAUGAAAUUCAUAUCACAAAAUGGUAUAUAAUGAUAAUAGUCUUUAUUUGGGGAGAAAUCAUUGUUUUUUUCUAUGCGUGAGUAUAAAUGGCAGACUAGAGAGGAACAGCAUGGAAUCUGUCAUUGCCAAAUUAUUAGUGAAUGUAUUUUUCAAGUUUGCUAUUCUUUGAAACACAUAUUACUAGUUUUCCUACUUGUAUUUCAAUAUGGGAAGUAUUGUGUGUGUGUGUGCUUGUGUGUGACCACUAAGCUUUAAUGGUUGGUCUUACUAUAAAGCUGUUACCUCUUUACAAAAUCUAAGUCUGAAGAUAGGAAGAGAAUAGGGGGUUCUCUUUUUUAUGCUUUACUGUGAUCACAGGAAAAAACAAAUAAAAACCCAAGUGCUCUCUUGAGUUGUUGGUAAACAUUUUAUGCUUGCAUUUAAACUUGAAAUGUAUGAAUAGAAUAAGACAAUCAGUUAAAUCAGAAAUGAGAAGCGUUAAAAAUUUAAUGGCCUUGUUUUGCUGUAGCAAUAAAAUGACCAAGUGCAAUGACUUGAUUUAAUAAAAUCAUCUUUUAAAAGUUGCUGCUAUGAAUAUUUUUAGCCAUAAAAUUCUACCCCUGUUUUCGCCUGACUUGCCUUCAGUAACUAUUAUGUAAUGCAGUUGGUGUUGUGGUAUUCUAACAUUCCAAAAAGAGGAAAAUUAAUAAUAAUAUAUAUGUGGGGAAACUCAAAAUAGUAUACUUCACUGACUUGUUUACAGGUGCUGUAAAAAAGCAUGCUUCUCCCUCAAAAAGAAAAACAAUAAAGAAUAGUAUUGCCA